ACGCUCUUUUUCCAUUCGUCGAAACCCUAGCUAGCUCUUUUAUUCAUUUUUCUUUAGCUUGCUUUCAGAUUUUUAUUUCCUCUCUUUCGAUUCUAUUCUUUUCAUUCCGUCGACAUAACCAUCAAAAUGGCCGGCAAAGGAGAAGGCCCAGCGAUCGGGAUCGAUCUCGGGACUACGUACUCGUGCGUGGGAGUUUGGCAACACGACCGCGUCGAGAUCAUCGCCAAUGACCAGGGUAACAGAACAACGCCGUCCUACGUUGGCUUUACGGAUACGGAGCGUUUGAUCGGUGAUGCGGCCAAGAACCAGGUCGCCAUGAACCCUAUCAACACGGUCUUUGAUGCAAAGAGGUUAAUUGGCCGGAGAAUUAGUGAUGCCUCUGUUCAGAGCGACAUGAAAUUGUGGCCAUUCAAGGUCAUUCCCGGCCCUGGAGAGAAGCCCAUGAUUGUGGUCAACUACAAGGGUGAGGAGAAGCAAUUUGCUGCUGAAGAAAUCUCUUCCAUGGUUCUUAUGAAGAUGCGCGAGAUUGCAGAGGCUUACCUUGGUUCCACAAUAAAGAACGCUGUGGUCACUGUACCUGCAUACUUCAAUGACUCUCAGCGUCAGGCUACAAAGGACGCUGGUGUUAUUGCAGGUCUCAAUGUUAUGCGUAUCAUCAAUGAGCCCACGGCUGCUGCCAUUGCUUACGGUCUUGACAAGAAGGCAACCAGUGUUGGCGAGAAAAAUGUCUUGAUUUUUGAUCUUGGUGGUGGUACCUUUGAUGUCUCUCUUCUCACUAUUGAGGAGGGUAUCUUUGAGGUGAAGUCUACAGCUGGUGACACCCAUCUUGGUGGAGAGGAUUUUGAUAACAGAAUGGUGAACCACUUUGUUCAGGAGUUCAAGAGGAAGAACAAGAAGGACAUUAGUGGCAAUCCAAGAGCUCUUAGGAGGUUGAGGACAGCAUGUGAGAGGGCAAAGAGAACUCUCUCUUCCACUGCCCAGACUACCAUUGAAAUUGAUUCUUUGUAUGAAGGCAUUGAUUUCUACUCUACCAUUACUCGUGCCAGAUUUGAAGAGCUCAACAUGGAUCUCUUCAGGAAGUGCAUGGAACCUGUUGAGAAGUGUCUGAGGGAUGCCAAGAUGGACAAGAGCACUGUCCAUGAUGUUGUCCUCGUUGGUGGCUCCACCAGAAUUCCCAAGGUCCAGCAGCUUUUGCAGGAUUUCUUCAAUGGGAAGGAGCUAUGCAAGAGCAUCAAUCCUGAUGAGGCCGUUGCUUAUGGUGCUGCAGUCCAGGCUGCUAUUUUGAGUGGUGAGGGUAAUGAGAAGGUGCAGGAUCUCCUGCUCUUGGAUGUCACCCCUCUCUCUUUGGGUCUGGAAACUGCCGGUGGUGUCAUGACCGUGUUGAUUCCCAGGAACACUACCAUCCCCACAAAGAAAGAACAGGUGUUCUCUACUUAUUCGGACAACCAGCCUGGUGUGUUGAUCCAGGUCUACGAGGGUGAGAGAACAAGGACCAGGGACAACAACUUGCUCGGUAAAUUUGAGCUUUCAGGAAUCCCUCCUGCUCCCAGGGGCGUUCCUCAGAUCACAGUAUGCUUUGAUAUUGAUGCCAACGGUAUUUUGAAUGUAUCUGCGGAGGACAAAACCACGGGUCAAAAGAACAAGAUCACAAUCACAAAUGACAAGGGUAGACUCUCAAAGGAGGAGAUAGAGAAGAUGGUUCAAGAGGCAGAGAAGUACAAAUCUGAGGAUGAAGAGCACAAGAAGAAGGUGGAGGCCAAGAAUGCACUGGAGAAUUACGCAUACAACAUGAGGAACACGGUGAAGGAUGAGAAGAUUGGUGCCAAGCUUGGUUCAGAUGAUAAGAAGAAGAUUGAUGACGCCAUCGAGCAGGCCAUCCAAUGGCUGGACAACAACCAACUGGCGGAGGCAGAUGAGUUUGAGGACAAGAUGAAGGAGUUGGAGAGCAUCUGCAACCCAAUAAUUGCAAAAAUGUACCAAGGUGCUGGUGCUGACAUGGGUGGUGGAGUUGAUGAUGAUGGUCACGAUCACGGUCACGGUCACGCCGGAGGAAGUGGUGCUGGCCCCAAGAUCGAGGAAGUUGACUAAUUUAUGGUUUUUCUUAUUUGAUUCUAUCAGAUUUCGGGGCUUUGAACUUUAAUCAGUAUUUUUUGUUCAAAGCCAAAAUUUUAUGUUCUAUGCUGCUCUGCUACUUCGAUUUGAUUUUACCCACGCGAUGAAAUCGUUGCAUUGUUGCCUGGCAACCUUUUGCCAAGCUAAAUUUCUUUGCUCUUUGGAAUAUGGUAUUACCAUUAGAUAAUUCUUCCUCGUAAAUUGAUUAUUUUCCCCCUAUUUUUAUUUAA